UUGGUUCUAUUGUGAUACUCUCAAUUUCUUCCAGUGUAUGAUAUUCUGAAGGUUGGGGAAUAUAUAUUUACACGAGAUAAAUUAUGAUAUACUCAUGUUUCUUGAACCAUUAAUGACCAUCACUACAUCAAGAUGGCUGGUGAGUAAAGCGUGUCAUGUGUUCCAUGAUGUGUUACCAUAUAUAUACUACUUGCAGGAAUUUUAUAUGUUGAUUAGCAUACUCUCACUCUAAUGUAUACAUUGCAUGUGUAUGUUCUAAGAGGAGCACAAUUUCAGAAGAGUAUUUUUUUUAUUUGAAGUGGUUUGAGUUUCUAUCGAGACUUUAUAUCUAGCAUCAUUUUGGAUCUUAUGUAAAAAAAAUAUGAUAAUCCUGUCCGUAUGACUAUCAACAAUCAUACUUAUUUUUAUAUGUUUCCUUCUGUGUCUACAUAUUUUGAUGCACACUCUUUCAAUAUUUGGCUUGCUCUCGGCCUUUGCGCCAUCGGCGUAACUGGUCAUCUAGUUAAUCUAAAGCCCGGUGGAUGCCUUCUUUCUAAAAAACAAACUUUCAGCCAGAUGGAUGAAAAAUCACACAAUCAUGGUAUCAUAGAGUUUUUUGUUUCUUUGACUUUGAGGCCUUGACUUGCAACCACCCAGAUCCUAAAAAAAAAAGACCUUAGAGGAUAACGUUGGUGACGAAGUUUUUGGCGAUACAUGCUCUUUAGCCCUUAUUAGGAAAAUCAUUGUGAUGGAAUUUUGUGGCAUACAUGAUUUUGAUGUUGCAAUGUCAACUGUUAAGGGCUUCGUAAUCUAAAGCCGGAUGGAUACCUGCUUCUUUUUUAUAUUUUUUCCUAGCUAGAUUGAUGAAAAACACACAAUGAACGCUAACGCAGAGUUGACUAAACGUCUUGUUCCUUUGAGUUCGAAGCCUUGACCUGUAACAACCCAGAAAAAGACAGCUAACCUAGAGGAUAACCUUGUUGACAAUGUUUUUAGCCCUUAGAAACACAGCUCGCAUGCGUAUAUGUAGAAAAUUAAGCCGUUUAGUCUGCGCACAGCUAGCUUCUCUGUUGGUUCACUUAUAUUGAACUCAUACUCGCGCGGAAACGUGCAAGGUUUACCAUGCCGUGAGACUUGACCUUAAGCCUACUUAAGGCCUAGCUUGUCUCUGUUGGCUACAAUCCCAGGCAACCAAUCAUCAAGAGAAAAAUGAAAAUGACAAUGUCACGAGUGCAAAAAAGAGCAAUGGAAAGUUUGCUGGUGGUUGUCUCACUAGGAGUCCUCCUCCAGCUCGCCGGCUGCAGCCCUCCGCCGGACCCGGUGAUGUGCACGCAUGGCACGUCCAACUGCACGAUCACCAACACGUACGGCUCCUUCACGGACCGCACCAUCUGCCGCGCGGCCAAGGUCACCUACCCGCGGACAGAGCAGGAGCUCGUGGCGGCCGUGGCGGCCGUGGCGUCCACGAAACAGAAGGUGAGGGUGGCCACCAAGCACUCCCACAGCAUUCCCAAGCUGGCGUGCCCUGGUGGCGACGACGGCACCAUCAUAAGCACGGCGCAGCUCAACCGGACGGUGCGCGUCGACGCAGCGAAGCGGCUCAUGACGGUGGAGAGCGGCAUGCUCCUCCGGGACCUGGUCGAGGCCGCUGCCGCCGCGGGGCUGUCCCUGCCGCACUCGCCGUAUUGGCACGGCCUCACCAUCGGGGGCCUCUUGAGCACGGGAGCACACGGGAGCUCGCUGUGGGGGAAGGGAGGCGCCGCGCACGAGUACGUGGUCGGGCUGAGGAUCGUAACUCCGGCGCCGGCGAGCCAGGGGUUCGCCGUGGUGAGGGAGCUCGGGGCUGACCACCCGGACCUGGACGCGGCGAAGGUCUCCCUUGGCGUCCUCGGCGUCAUCUCUCAUGUGACUCUGGCCAUGCAGCCGUUGUUCAAGCGGUCGGUGACGCUGGUGAAGCGCGACGACUCGGAUUUCCAAGAGCAGGUGGCCCUGUGGGGUCAUCUUCAUGAGUACGGCGACAUGACGUGGCUGCCGCACCAGGGCAAGGUGAUCUACCGCCAGGACGACCGCGUCGACGUCUCCACCCCGGGCAAUGGCCUCUACGACUUGCCCCUUAUCCGCACCCGCGAGCUCAUCGAUGCAAGAGCGGCCGAAGAGCGGCUGCAGGAGAAUGGCACCGACACCGCCCGGUGCGAGGCGGCGCAGCAGCAGGCGGCCGCGUCGGAGCGGCUGAAUGUAUUCACCAACGAUGGCGUCUCCUUCACGGGAUACCCGGUGGUGGGGUACCAGCACCGCAUCCAGGCGUUCGGCACGUGCUUCAAUAGCCCUGAGGAUGGCCUCCUCACUUCCUGCGCCUGGGACCCGCGCAUCCGAGGCUUCUUCAACUACAACUCCGGCUUCAGCGUCCCGCUUUCCAAGGCACCGGCAUUCGUAGCCGACAUGCAACGUCUCCGGAACCUCAAUCCGGACUCGUUUUGUUCUUCUGUCGACCCUAGCAUAGGCGUGCUCCUACGAUACGUGAAGGCGUCAUCCGCUUAUCUCGGCAAGCCGGAGGACUCAAUUGGAGUCGACAUCAUCUUUUACCGGAGCCACACCGAAGGCAUGCCGCGUGCGCAUGCCGAUGUAGUGGACGAGAUCGAGCAGCUGGCGUUGCAUAAGUACGGCGGCAUCCCGCACUGGGGUAAGAGCCGCAAUUUCGCCUUCGAUGGUGCCAUCACGAAGUACCCAAAAGUCCAUGAGUUUCUUAGGGUGAAAGAUAGGUACGACCCAAAGGGGCUCUUCUCCAACGAGUGGACUGACAAGGUUCUCGGUAUCAAUGGAAGUCCCAACAUCAUCAAAAAGCGUUGUGCCAUUGAAGGACUUUGCGUCUGCUCCAACAACUCGCACUGUGCUCCGGAGCAAGGCUACUUCUGCAGGCCAGGGAAGGUGUACAAGGAGGCUCGUGUCUGCUCGUUCUUCAAGGAUUAUUAAGGAUGUCAAAUUUGGCAGAGCCGUACAUUGCACCACUCUCCUUUCCGGUUGCUUGUCGGACCUGAAAAUAAUGUGAUUUGCUUUUCCUUGGUAUAUACGAGGAUAUAUAUAUAUAUAUAUAUAU